AAAGGCGACGAAUCGAAAUAUCUUGUCAAGCUGGAAUGCGACUCCUCGACAUCGACGGGCUCGGUUGACUUGAUCCGUUGCCUCCCCAAGAGCCUCAACAUUCUCACCGGCUUUGAUGACGAGAACAAACCGGCUCGCUUCUGCCUGUUAUCAGGUAGCCAAAAGACGGAGUUUCUUGACGUUGUAUCGAAAGCGUAUCCUUCUUACAAGCCGAUGCUGAUUCGUACAUCUGUUGCUUCCAAAGAGCUAUCUUCAUCUCUCUACCCAACACUCGGAGCUGACACAACACUGCCGCAAUUCCGAAACAACUCUCUCUGCGAGGUCAUUCGGCCAACGCAACACGAAUACCCUGUUUGGUAUUUCUUCUACGGUACCCUUGCUGAUGCUGACGUCCUCUCUCGCGUCAUCGGCCGGACUGAAGACAAGGCUUCCAUCGAGAAGGGCUACAAGCGUGCUCGCAUUCGUCGGGGACGACUCUCUAUGCUGGGCGACAAGUACCUUGCUUUGGUGGAUGCGGACGAAGACUCAGUAUUCGAUGGAUGGGCGUACCAAGUGAAGAACCAAAAUGAAGAGGACUCGCUUCGAGUGUACGAGACGGCGAAGUACGAAGUGGUCAGGUGCACAAUGGAGGUUAUGGAAGGACAGGGAGGGAUUAUCAAGGGGCUCACUUUCAGACUU